UCGUCAUGGCUUUGACCGGCCCCUUCCUUCUCCGCUACUUUUCAUUGACAACGCAACCCCUUGACUAAAAACCGCCUUCCUCCUCUAACUUUCUCAUUGCUCUUCCUCUUUUUUUUUGUUCUUUUUCCCUCUCUUUGCCUUUCUCCUUUUUCUUUGCCCUUCAAUCAUUUCUCUUGCUUCGUAAGUAAUAAAAGAUUCAACCCCAUGAUUAUUCUCCGAUGACUUUCUCCUCCUCUAUAACCAUCUAGCCAUUGAAAGAAGUAAAAGGGUCAGUUCAAGUGCACAGAAAAGAAAAGAAAAAAGGAACAAAAGAAAAUUAGGAUUGCGGGUUCGGUUUCGCUUCUACCAUUCAUGCUCCUGGAUUAAUGGCUGUGGAGCUUAUAUCUGGUUAUGGGGAUGAUAGUUUUGCAGGCAGGACGGAAGUAGACAACACAGUCGCGGUGCAGGAAGCUACGGCUGCGGGCAUUCACAGCGCCGAGAAGCUCAUGACAAUCAUUUCUCAGCAGCGCCAGCACCUAGAGGAGGAGGCCUCUAGCUCCCGAGGAGGGCCUUCGGAACUGGAAGUUCUAGCAGAUGCGGCGAUGAACAAGUUCAAAAGGGUCAUUUCUCUGUUGGAUAGGCCAAGAAUUGGCCACGCUCGUUUCAGAAAAGCUCCUACGACGCAGGUUUCGAUUCCUUUUCGCCGGCCGCAGCAGACGCCGGAUUCCGAAAACGCAGUGCCUCCUGUUACAGAACUCCAACAGAACAAAACAGAACAACCCUCUGCUUUUAAGGUCUAUUGCCCUACGCCGGUUUUGCGUCUCCCACCUCUGCCUCACCAGGCGCACCAACCUUCCCCCUUUCAUCGGGCGGAGAAGAAGGAUGCGAAUGGCAGUGCCCAAUUUUCGGCGUCGCCCCCCAUUUCCGCUGCCAAUUCGUAUGUGUCUGCGUUAACAGGGGAUACGGAUAGUAUGCAACGCUCUUGUCAUUCUUCGGGGUUCCAAAUCAUUCAGUGUCAGAGAUCACAUCAAGGAUCCUACAUGGGCAAGCCGCCUUUGUGUUCGACUUCUUUAAAGAGGAAGUGCAACUCAAUGGACGAUGCCGGUCUCAAGUGCGGAUCAUCCUCUGGCCGCUGCCAUUGCUCCAAGAAAAGGAAAUCAAAGAUAAGGAGAGUAAUCAGAGUACCGGCAAUCAGCUCGAAGAUGGCUGAUAUUCCGGCCGAUGAAUAUUCGUGGAGAAAAUAUGGACAAAAGCCCAUCAAGGGUUCUCCUCACCCCAGGGGUUAUUACAAGUGUAGCAGCGUGAGGGGCUGCCCGGCUCGCAAACACGUGGAGCGUGCUCUGGACGAUCCCGCCAUGCUCAUUGUCACCUACGAAGCUGAUCAUAAUCACUCGCUCGAGGUUGCAGCCGCCGUCGUCCUCGAAUCAUCCUAGUGCUAGCCCUCUCAUUUCCAACAUCUGAUCCAUCAACCUUUCACGAGUUUUGCGCUCCCUGUACUUAAUAGAACCUCUAUGUUGUUUUCGGUUUUUUCCCUGCGCGAAUCAGUGGCCUACCCUUUCCCCAUACCAUGUCUUUUCUUUUUUCAUUCCUUUUCCUUUUGCACUAGUUUCUCCAGAAUUACAUUACUAUAAACAGUACAGAUGGGUUUAAUACAGUCAAAUACUCGCAGCUCCAUCACCGUUUUGUUUUAUUGCCAUCACAAUCCAAGGAGUGUAAUAUCGGAUGCUUAGUUUCAUUUCGAAGGAUAUGUUUUCCGUGCAAAAAAAAAAAAAAAACAGAGAGGAAAAGAAAAAGAGCCGGAUUUUCAAAAUAGAAAAAA